CAAAGAAAGGAAAUUUCCGAGUAACCACACCUUUCAGGGAUUUAAUUUAAGGUGGUCUCAGCAGUGCCGGGGUUUGGACCCACCGGUCCGAACCAGUCCGGUUUUGAGAAACCAAGUCUCGCUAUAAAAGUCCUCAGUCCAACCACCCCUAGCCAUUUCUCUUUCGCAAUUGCUUCUUUGACUGCAAUUAUCUCUAUACUUCUUCUACUUCUCAAAAAAAAAAAAAAAUUGUUCGAAGGUUUUUUACCCUAAUAUCAGCUCUCCAUGUAAAUUAAAUUUCUUGUUGUAAAUUUUUGUUUUCGUUUGUAUCAUUUUUAGGUUUGUUGAUCAGUUAGUUUUCUGAGCUUUUUUUUGUUUAUUUUCUGAAAAAAAAGAGGAAUUUUUUUUAUUAUCAAGAGAGAUGACAGUGACGGCGGCGGCGGGGGAUUCGUGUUUGGGUGACGAUCAGGUUUGGCCACCGGGGUUUCGGUUUCACCCUACUGAUGAAGAGCUGGUUCUUUAUUAUUUAAAGAGGAAGAUCUGUAGAAGAAAGCUCAAGCUUGAUAUCAUAAGGGAAACUGAUGUUUACAAGUGGGAUCCUGAGGAGUUGCCUGCACAAUCGAUUCUGAAGAGUGGGGAUAGACAAUGGUUCUUUUUCAGUCCAAGAGACAGGAAAUACCCUAAUGGAGCAAGGUCAAACAGGGCAACCAGACAAGGGUAUUGGAAGGCAACAGGAAAGGAUCGUACUAUUACCUGUAAUUCUCGGGUAGUUGGCGUGAAGAAAACUUUGGUUUUCUACGGAGGGCGUGCGCCUAAUGGUGUGCGAAGUGAUUGGGUGAUGCAUGAGUAUACCCUUGAUGAGGAGGAACUCAAGAGAUGCCAGAACAUGAAGGACUAUUAUGCUCUCUAUAAAGUGUACAAAAAAAGUGGACCUGGCCCUAAAAAUGGUGAGCAGUAUGGGGCACCAUUUAAAGAAGAAGACUGGGUUGAUGAGGAAUAUGUUAGUAACCCUAUUACAGUCACCCCCGUGAAGCUACCUAAUGAGGCCAUUCCUGAUGAUAAUGUAAACGCAAAUGUUCAAGUUCAGUCUGCAUUAAAUGAAAUCGAGGAGUUUAUGAGACAAUUGGCUGAUGAGCCUGCACUUCCACAGCCACAAGCUCAACCUGGCCAUGCGUUGCCACAGGUUGUCAGUGAAGAAGAGACACAAAGUACUUUGCUGGACCCAUCUCCAAGGGGUGUUAUCUUUCAUGAACCAAUUGGGGUUGUCCUUGAGCAAGCAAGCUUUGAAUUCUCCCAAUCACCUACUUCUCAAUUGCAUGAGGCACCUGAGGUCACAUCUGUUGCUGACCACUUUGAACAGGUACCUCAAAUAUACGAGGAGGGUUUCCUAGAAAUUGACGAUCUCAUUGGUCCUGAAACUUUGACCUCCAAUGUUGGGAAACCUGCAGAGAACGUGCAGUUCAACGAGUUGGAUGGACUGAGUGAAUUUGAUCUGUUCCAUGAUGCAGCCAUGUUUCUACAGGAUAUGGGCCCUAUAGAUCAAGGAGCAGUUCCAUUCUCAUAUACAGAUAAUAUGAUAAAUCAGGUAAGUUACCAGCUGGAACCCCAAUCAAAUAUAAGCCUGAUGGAGCAGCAGUUGCAAACGCAGUCUAAUUUAAACCUGAUGGAUGAGCAAUUGCAACUCCAAUCAAAUAUUAAUCUGAUGGAUCCGCAGUUGCAGCCGCAAUUGAAUGCUUUUGGGGCUAAUCAGCAGUUGCAGCCUCAAUUGAAUGCCUUCGGGGAUAAUAUGUUAAAUCAGGUGGGUAAUCAAUCUCAAUCCUGUUCAAAUAUAAACCUGAUGGAUCAGCAGUUGAUACCCCAUUUAACUGUGGCGCAGGUGGAUUACCAGUUGCAGUUCCAGUCUGUUGGAUAUGAGCUGGAUCAACAGAUUCAAUUGGAUCAGAUUCAUGGACCACUUUGGACGCAUGAUCAGAGCAGUGAUGUCUUUGCUCCAUCAGGAUCAAAUCUUGGGAAUGCUGCUCCAACUUCAGGUCUGAUAUACAAUGGAAAUAAUCAAGACCAAGGUGACAAAAACGGAGGUGGUGCAAGCAUGUUUUCUUCUGCUUUGUGGUCAUUUGUGGAGUCAAUACCUACGACUCCUGCUUCUGCAUCUGAGACUCCUUUGGUAAAUCGGGCAUUGGAGCGAAUGUCUAGCUUCAGUAGGUUGAGAUUAAAUGCUAGAAACACUGCUGUUUCUGCUGUUGAUGGUGCUGCAACUGCAAGGAGGAUAGGCGGUAAUAGGGGUAUCAUUUUCAUAUCUAUUUUAGGUGCUUUGUGUGCUAUCUUAUGGUUCUUCACAGGAACCGUUAGGAUUCUAGGGAGAUCUAUCUCUUCAUGAUGAUAUAUGUACAUGGGAAGUUUUUUCAUUAUGUUCUACUGGGAGGUUGCUGAAAUUAGUGUAGUACUCCACAUUUUGACAAUAAAUAGUUUAAUAUCUCACAUUAAUUUUGAAUGUAAAGGAAGAAGUGUUGGCCUAAGCAGGGUUGUAGGUAUUUGAUAUUUCCUAGUAGAAUCCCUUAUAUGUCUAGAUUCCAUUUUAGUGAGUA